AUGGCCGAUGCCGCACACGCACUGGAUCUUGCUCGGAUCCGGUUCCAGCUAAUCAGAAGUCGACUUGAGGACACCAUCACCUUCCAUUUGAUUGAAAGAGUGCAGUUCGCCUUGAACAGUACAAUUUAUGCUCCUGGAGCUGUCGAGCUGCCAGAAUCGAACCUGAGCUUCCUCGACUGGUACUUCCGCGAGCAAGAAAAGCUGCAGUCCCUUAUCCGACGUUUCGAAUCUCCCGACGAAUAUCCCUUCUUUCCUGACGCACUACAGAAGCCAAUUCUCAAGCCUCUAAACUACCCCAGAAUCCUGUACGAGAACGACGUCAAUGUGAACGACAAGAUCAAGGCCUUCUACACCGAAAAGUUCCUUCCCGCAGUUUGCCCCGACUUCGGCCGGGAGGAGCGGGGCGAGUCCCAAGAAAACUACGGCUCGACCGCAACUUGCGAUAUUGCUUGCCUACAAGCCUUAUCACGACGCAUCCAUUUCGGCAAGUUUGUCGCCGAGUCCAAGUUCCGUUCUGAGCAAGAGAAAUACAUCCGUCUUAUCAAGGCAGAAGACCGAGAGGGUUCUUGA